CCGUUGUGAAACAGACGCGGAGAACCAUUUUGAAUUGAGAAUUUUGUUUUUAAAUAAAAAUCAAUUCCGGUACCCGGAUUAACGUUUAAAUGGUGGCAGCGAGUGCUCAAAGCCGAAAAACAAAUUAUGUCCCGAAGCGUCUGACGUCAUUUACGCUAUGUUCCCAUCCCGAAUUCCGCACAUAGACGCUUAUAUGCAGAGAGGAUGUGACUUCCAUGUUCAACCAAUCAAAUGGUGCGGGUGCAAUGAGUUCAAAUGUCGUACCCAGCAGACGAUAUAAGGCGAACGCUUCCGAUUGGUUGCUCGUGGUUGCUGGGAUACUGAUUCUGUGCAUUAAUUUUUCUGUGGCACUUCCGGUUCAGGAUUUUUACCCAUUUAACAUUACCGGUGAGGACAAUAAAACGUCGGUAAGGGACGACGGGGGUUCACCUGCUCUCUUACUGGAAACACCCAUCCGAUUUUUCAACUCCACUUACACGACAAUUUAUGUAAACAACAACGGCAUCAUAUCGUUCGAUGGUCCACUGAACACGUACAAACCGUUGAAUUUGUCAGACAAGGAUUUCAAAAACAAGAUCCCAUUUGUUGCGCCAUUUUGGGCUGACGUUGACAUCGAAAACGUAGCCGGUCUGAACGAGUCAAUAGUGUACAGAGUUACCUCAAGAGGUGAUACCACAUUGGAUAAUAUUUCUCUGGAGAUUAGCCGAGCUACGAACGAUAUUCGGAUCUUAUUUCCGGAAUUUACCGACUUUACUGCCAAGUUGGUUGUCGUGGUCACGUGGUAUCGGGUCGGGUUUUUCGGGGCGGCCGGGGCCGAAGGGAAAGCAAAGCGGAAUACGUUCCAGACAGUGCUAGUCACGAACGGAACAGAGUCGUUCGCCUUGUUCCACUACGACACAAUCGUCUGGACAACUGGUGCAAACAGCGGAGGAACGACAGGCGAGGGACUUGGGGGCUCACCGGCAGUGGCAUCGCAUGACAGGUUCCAACGCAGCGUGGGUUUCCAUUCCGGCUUUGAGAGGUUUUACGUUCUUCCACAUUCCGGGGUUGACGCAAUCGUAAACGUUUCCCGCGAAAGCAACGUCUGCACUCCGGGACGGUUCGUGUUCCGGAUAUCGGGUCCGGACAUUGACGAUCUCACUUACACCGGCGAAGGUACUUCAUCGGCGAAUUUCGGUGUCAUAACCGUUUCACCGUCCAACACGUCAAUGCUUGGCGGCAGCACCAUCCGGAUAUCCGGUCCCUGCUUCACCGUUGGCGAGGUGGUUCCCGUCCGCGUACCGGAAGUCGGGGUUGACUUCAAUUGCGAAGUGGGCAGCUUUCCUAAGGAGGCCGUCUGCGUGACGCCGCCCCUGUUCCGGACCGGCCAGCUCACGCUUCUAGUCAAUACGACCAGAGGGUCGUACAGGGGAAACAUUACUAGUGUGAACAUGCUCCACUGGCCGGUAGAGGUGGAGCGCGAGAACCGUGCCAACUGGGUAGUCAGGAAUAUGGUUGACGUUACCUGGCCCCUACAUGGGAUUCCCCAUCAAAUGAAGAAAGAAUUGCAUAUUCUCGCUUACCGCAGCGACCAGAACGGCGUUCCGAGUCUCAGAAACGUGAGCGGCAUUAUUUCGGUGGAGCCACGCUCAACGAAUCGCAGGUUCCGGCUUCCGGAGAUCGCCGAUUCCGACAGUGCACACUCUCUAGUCAUCAGUCUGUGUUGGAGGAUCAAUGCCUAUCAACAUGUCUUACCAAUCUGCGUCUGGUCGGACGUGUUUCCGGUAAGAUGGCUGCCGAAUGAACAGAAGCAGAAAUCUCAGCAGUGGUGCGAAAAGUGGCUUACGAAGGAGAAAAUAAUCAAUGCUAGUGACCCAGUGAAAAUCCGUGCGCCAAAUUGCCCGUGUGUUGCGAGCAUCGCGGAGCGCGAUGUGGGACAUUUUCACCCGGACCCAUUCUGUGAUAACACCACGAACAGUACUUAUAACUGUGAAUAUAAUAAAAAUGCUGAGAAGUGCUUCACUAGGAAUAUAAAAAGCCCCGACGACAGCGGCGAGACCUGCUGUUACAAUGCCAAACGCGAUCUCAUGGACAUCCGGGAUCACCCGGGAGCCGGCACCCACCAGCGUUACAACUACCAAGCGCAGGCAACGUUGCCGGGGGCAAAGGGGCCGGUCCCCUUCUUCUCCUUCUUCGAGGAGGACGUCUUGCCCCGACUUCACUGUUGCGAGUACUCCGAUAGGAACUGUAGUGAUUUCAUCAAAUUCCGCCAAGCUACAACGUGCCAAGAUUAUUCAGCGCCUAGUCUUGCCCAGGCCGCUGGCGACCCCCAUAUCGUGACGCUGGACGGGAAGAACUACUCGUUUAACGGCGUGGGAGACUUCUAUCUAGUCAUGGACCCCGCGUCCAGCACAUCGGUCCAGGUCCGGGCUGUGCAGGUGACGGAUAUAAAUGGUAACCUCCAGAGCGCCACAGUAUUUUCGCACGUGGCGGUUGCUAUGCGAGGCUCCUCGGACACUGUGGAAAUCCGGAAGUCCGGCAACGGGACCGACGACUUCGAGGUGCUCCUCAACCACAUACCUUUAUCAUCAUACGUAUCUACCUCACGGUUUACAAAUAUUUCAUUGAGCCACAACAACGACGGCAGUUUCCUCAUCGCCCUGGAGCCGGUCAGCGUCUCCGUGAGGGUCGAGGUGACGCCCGAUCUCCUAAACAUCAUCGUCAUGAUCGGCGAACCGGACAUGAAAGGACGCCUCCGAGGUCUGCUGGGUAACUACAACGGCAAGGCGGACGACGACUUUAUAGCUCGGAACGAGACUGUCCUGCUCGCUAGCUCCACCAUGCGAACAAUACACUACGGCUUCGGAAUGACCUGGAAAGUCCCGGAGAACGAGUCCAUCCUCUCCUCAGUGUCCAGCAGCAGCGGCAAGUCCGGCAACCCGCCCGGCCCCGAGUUCAGUCCCUUGUUCAUCGACGAGAAUCCUAUGGAGGCACUCAACGGUUCCACUGAGAUGUGCAAGGGGAACCAACAGUGCAUUUUCGACUUUCUGGUGACCCGGAAGGAGUCCGUCGCAUUGGCGACCAUGAAUUUCACCGAGAAGUUCUCUGAAAUGAAGGAAGAGCUUGCUAUAAUCGUUAUCCGAUGUCCAUUCCUCGAAACUCCUACAAAUGGCAACAAAACUCAGGACGGUAACUCGGUUAAUUCGACGGCCAAUUUCACGUGCAACGUCGAAUUUGAAAUGCAGGGGUCCCCAACGCGGCGCUGCGACGAGACCGGAAAAUGGACAGGAAGUGUCGUCGAAUGUGUCAAGAAAGUAUCCCCGAGCGAUGUUUCCAUUAGCAACGCCGUUCUGAUCGGGGCAGCUGCUGGGUCUGCUGGUCUCCUCGUCGUCGUCAUCAUCAGUGCCAUUGUCGUCUACCUGCGAAGACGCCGGACAAAGAAACCAGAUCCGCCCGACCUGGAUAUCGAGCUCACAGACCUGAGUUACCAGGCACUACCCCCGAUGUCACAUCUGCCCCCCGCCUUGAACUCCGUCACGGAACACGCAGUGUACACCAACUAUCUACAAGAGAUGUUCAGAGACGGCCGUUACCGCUUGCCUCGACCCCGGUUCGUGAAUCCAGAGAUAUUCGACGAGUUCUUUUGAAGCGUGGAUCCACUGUAGAAUCGUAGAAGACAUUGAAGAAUUGCGCUAGGACCACAUCCUAAGGCAAACGCAAUGAAUGUUAGGAGAUUGUUGACCAAAGAGCAUCUAAUAGACAAGAACUUCACGUUUGUGAAACUUGUUGUGCAGACAAUAUUGCUGAAGAAUUCUUAUUGUUUGAUGCGCCAAAAUGAUAAACCCCUUGUCUUUAAACAUGUUUGCGCGGAGAACAUUAGUAAAUGAUGUUUGUUUUGGCGACUCCAGAUCAUAUGAGGUUAAUGCAUGUCCGAAAAAAUGUUCCGCUUAGAACAGAAUCACGAGAUUAGUGGAUUUUAAAUAUGCAUGCUGAAAGACGAACACGCGUGAUGCUUGCACUUUGGUGUGCGGAGAACAGUAGAAAGUGAUACAUGUCCUUGAAACGAGAUGUGUGUGGAACUAGGGCAAGGGCCUUAUAAUCUAAGAACAUAAGCAAGUUAUAGGUAGCAUGGAAACAUGUUUUUGGAGAACAUACGCAGUGGCGACCGUCGAAUGUUAGCAAGCGAUAGCGUCGUGCAAUGAACAUAAUCAAGCGAUAGAACAUGAACAAGUGACGUUGGUUCUUAAAACAUGCAGACCGUAGAACAGUAAUUGAAAGAAGUGUAAGUAGUAUUUAAAACAUGUUUUGACGAUGAAUUUGGUGCACAAAAGCAAGAGUGUCUACACCUAUCUCUGACAUUAACAUAAGUGCUAGACAAAUAUGUUGUCUCACAUAGAACAUAAAUAGGUGGAUUUCUAAUGGAUCGUUCAUAAGAUACGUAUGCAUAAACGGUUGAGAGUUAUACACACUUUUCAAACAGUGCGUAAAACAUAAUCAAAGCCUAUCAGUUCUUGUGGAAUGGUGCUCGGCGAAAAUGCAUGGUUAUUGGUUGAGUAAUAAACGUUAUUGAAACAUGUUUUACAUGAUGUGUAAGGGAUAGUUGGUGAUUGAAUCAUGUCGCGUAGUGAACGUAGGCGAUAAGCCUUGUUAUGGGGACAUGUUCUACAGACAUGAACAUUGAAGACAUGAACA